GAAGGGAAGAAUUAAAAGAGGGCUUGAGGCCGUAAUCGAUCAUCAGAGUUAAAUCGAGAUUUGUGUUGGAACACCACCGAAUUGUAACCGUCAUCCGAUCGGUGUGCUUUCGUUUUCGUUUUGGGCGUUUUCUUUGAUCGAUCAAGUAUCAAGAACUGAGCGGAUUGAUUCAGAAGUCUCGAAAUUGCGAUUAUUAGGGUUCUGAUUUUGUAAUUUUAUUGAUCUGGUGAGUUAACAAUUGGGGAUUGAACAUCUUGCAACGUGAAAAUUCGCGAGAAAGUUCGAAAUUUGUGCUUCAAUAACCCAAUCCUCUUCUGUUCUUAAUCCGUUUUAUGUCUCGCCUCCUUCAAUUUCUGGCGUUUUCAGUCCGAUUGUGAUAUUGGUUCCAUGUGGUAACUGUUAAUUUGGUUCUUCGACCGAUUCUAACACUAAAACCCUAAUUUGGUUAAAAUGUACACCCCAUGAAUUGGGUUUUCUUUCGUGCUCAAUUUUUUCAAUCAAUGUUGACCAUAGCUCGAUUCUUUGCCUGAAAACACGUUAUAUAUUAAUUCUAUAUGUGUUUCUUAAAACAUUCUUUUUGGGAUAACAUGAAUAUUGUAUGCUUUGUAUUUUGAUGCAGUCUGCCCUAAACGCCUCUCCUUCUAGUAAAGUAUUGGCUUGAAGAACUUUGAAGAUUGAAGAUAUAGAAGUAUAAUGGGAGGAUAUGAUUUAGAUGAAUAUGAAGAUUACGAAGAUGAAGGUGAAUACCAGGAAGAUAAUGUUGGUGAAUAUGAAGAAGAAGAAGAAGAGGAAGAAGAGGACCGAUUACCUACACAGGAAGAGAUGGAAUACCUUGAAUUGAGAGCAAAAUUAAAGGAAUCUAUAAGAAAGAAGAUGAAAAAAGAUUCAGGUUCUGGCCUUGCCAAUUUUCGGGAAAAAAAGAAUAAAAUGCCAUAUGACAACUUUGGAUCCUUUUUUGGUCCUUCACAACCAGUAAUUGCUCAAAGGCUUCCACAACAAAACAAGGGUAGUUCUUCAGCUCCAACAGGAUCCAAACCUAGACCCAAUGAGCCUCCACGAAAAGUAGACACAUGGGCUAAACCCAAAGCAAAAAUCCAAAUGCUUAAAAACACUAGAGAUUACUCAUUUCUAUUAUCAGAUGAUGCUGAGCUUCCAAUUCCACCAAAAAACCCUCCAAAACCCUCUUCUGCUCCAAAACCUGAUGCACAUGUGUCACCAAGACCACCGGUCAACAACGGGGGUAGAAAAGUCAUAAAUGGCCGUGAAGAGAGAAGACCGGCCCCCACAUCUAACCAAACACGAGUGAGACCACCACCACCCGGUCAACAACAAAGUCAAAGGCCUAAUGGUUCAAGUAAAAUGACAUCUUCGUCCCUAGAUCCUCGAAAACAACUCGGGAGUGGUCCCGGGCGGCCUUCAGGACAAAAACCUUCGAUGCCCUCCAAGAUGCCGCCAGUUGCCGCCAAGCAAAAAGUGAUUCCACCACCUGUUUCUAGAAGCAUACCCACCGGACACAAUCACAGACCUCAAACAUCAAACUCAAGACCACUGCCAGGUGUCACCCAAAAGAAACCAUUGGAUCAAAAAAGAGGAUUACAAUUACAAUCUCAACAAAGGAGGGAUGAUAGAGAUAGAGGGUAUGAAAAUAGAAGAGGUGAUGAUAGAGAUAGAGAUAGAGAUAGAGGGGGAUUAGGAUUACAAUCUAGUAAAGGAAAUGUUGUUAGAAAGCCGAUUUUGUCUUCUAAGCCUCAGAUGAAGCAACAACAACAGGGGAGGCUUUCGACUAGUGGACAACAAAGAGAACGGGUGCAGAAAAGACCAUCUCGCCCUUUUGAGGAUGAUGAUGAUGAUGAUGAUACUGCGAAAGCCUUUUAGUAUGAUGAGAAGCAUGCUCAAAUAUAAUCCCAAAAAUUAUCAUGGUGAUGAUGAUGAUGAUAGUGACAUGGAGGCUGGUUUUGAUGACAUCAUGCGCGAGGAGAAGCGGAGUGCUUGGAUUGCUAAGAAGGAAGAUGAAGAAGAACUUAAGAAAAUAGAAGAAGAAGAAAGGCGGGAACGGAUGAGAAAGAAACGAAAGCAAAGUCAACGAUAAGAAUGUGUUAGUUUGUGUGUGUGUGUGUUAGAGAUGUGGGUCCCGGUUGGAUUUUGGCAUAUUUU